AUGUGUUCUUCUUUUACUUUCUUUUCGCCUUCUUUUACUUUCUGUUCUUCCGGACCUUCUUCAACAUUCUCUUCGGGUUCUUUUACAUUCCCUUCUCCGCGUUAUUUCUCUUCGCCGCCUUAUUCUUUUAGUUUCUCUUCUCCGCCUUAUUCUUCUACUUUCUCUUUUCCGCCUUUAUUUUUUUCCGCCUUAUUUUCACUAAACCGCCUUAUUUUCUUCUUUUUUCUCUUUUCUCUCUUUAUCGUUUCUUAUUCUUCUACUUUCUCUUUUCCGCCUUAUUCUUCUACUUUCUCUUUUCCGCCUUAUUCUUCUACUUUCUCUUUUCCGCCUUAUUCUUCUACUUUCUCUUUUCCGCCUUAUUCUUCUACUUUCUCUUUUCCGCCUUAUUCUUCUACUUUCUCUUCUCCGCCUUAUUCUUCUACUUUCUCUUCUCCGCCUUAUUCUCCUUAUUCUUCAUCUACUUCCUCUUCUUCGCUUUCUUCCUUUUUUGAGUUCCCGUUCUCCUUUUUUGCUUCCUUUCGCCUUUCCUUUUUCUUCUUCUCUGUUUUAUCCACUUCUCUUUCUGUCCCUUUUUUCUCUCUCCUUUAUCUCUCUUCCUUCCCCUUUUUUCUCUCUCCUUUAUCUCUCUUCCUUCCCCUUUUUUCUCUCUCCUUUACCUCUCUUCCUUCCCCUUUUUUCUCUCUCCUUUAUCUCUCUUCCUUCCCCUUUUUUCUCUCUCCUUUAUUUCUCUUCCUUCCCCUUUUUUCUCUCUCCUUUAUUUCUCUUCCUUCCCCUUUUUUCUCUCUCCUUUAUCUCUCUUCCUUCCCCUUUUUUCUCUCUCCUUUAUCUCUCUUCCUUCCCCUUUUUUCUCUCUCCUUUAUCUCUCUUCCUUCCCCUUUAUCUCUCUUCCUUCCCCUUUAUCUCUCUUCCUUCCCCUUUAUCUCUCUUCCUUCCCCUUUUUUCUCUCUCCUUUAUCUCUCUUCCUUCCCCAAUCACUGCCUCUCUCCCUCUUUCCUCCCCCUCUCUCCUUUUCCUCCCCAAUCACUGCCUCUCAUCAUUCUUUCCUCCCCCUCUCACUUUUUCCUCCACAAGCACUGUCUGCUUUCUCUUUUAUGA